AUGGGCCGCUACUCGGGCAAGACGUGCCGCCUGCUGUCCAUGCUGGCGCUCACCGCGGUGUUCUUCGUGGCCGAGCUGGUGUCGGGCUACCUGGGCAACUCGAUCGCGCUCAUCUCCGACUCGUUCAACAUGCUGUCGGACCUGAUCUCGCUGUGCGUGGGGCUGGGCACCGGCUACCUGGCGCGCCGCGCGCGGCGGGGCCCCCGCGCCACCUUCGGCUACGCGCGCGCCGAGGCGGUGGGCGCGCUCAGCAACGCCGUGUUCCUCACCGCGCUCUGCUUCACCAUCUUCGUGGAGGCGGCGCUGCGCCUGGCGCGGCCCGAGCGCAUCGACGACCCGGCGCUGGUGCUCAUCGUGGGCGCCCUGGGGCUGGCGGUCAACGUGGUGGGGCUGCUGGUCUUCCAGGACUGCGGCGCCUGGUUCGCCUGCUGCCGCCGCCGCUCCGCCGCCGCCGCCCGCCCGCCGCCGCCGCCCGGGGCCCCGGGAGCCGCCCGCGCAGCCCCCAGCCCGGACUCCGGCGUCACCCUGCGCGCGGGGAAGACCGCGGAGAAGGGGGCGACCGUGUUCGCCAACGUAGCAGGUGAUUCCCUGAACAUCCAGCAUGAGCCAGAGGAGACGACGAGAAAGGAGAAGAAGUCGGAAGCCCUGAAUAUCAGAGGUGUGCUUUUGCACGUGAUGGGCGACGCCCUGGGGUCGGUGGUGGUAGUGAUCACGGCCACCAUCUUCUAUGCGUGGCCCCUGGACACGGACGUCCCCUGCAACUGGCAAUGCUACAUUGACCCCAGCCUGACCAUCGUCAUGGUGAUCAUCAUUUUGUCGUCUGCCUUCCCACUCAUCAAGGAGACCGCCAUCAUUCUGUUGCAGAUGGUCCCCAAAGGGGUCAACGUGGAAGAGCUCAUGAGUAAGCUGGCAGCCGUGCCGGACAUCAGCAGUGUCCAUGAAGUGCAUAUCUGGGAACUUAUAAGUGGGAAGAUCAUUGCCACCCUGCACAUCAAGUACCAGAAGGACAGGGGGUAUCAGGACGCCAGUCAGAAAAUUCGAGAGAUCUUCCACAGGGCGGGGAUCCACAACGUGACCAUCCAGUGUGAGGGCGUGGACUCGCCGGGGCCCCUGGAGCAGCAGGACACGCUGUCCCUCUGCAGCUCCCCCUGCAUCGCCAAGAGCUGUGCCAAGCACCUGUGCUGUCCCCCCCGGGCCCUGCCCCUGGCCCACGUCAAUGGCUGUGCCGAGCACAACGGCGGUCCCCCUCCAGACGUGCACCAAAGCCACGGCCUCGGGAGACCAGAACCCUCGGAAGUGGCGAUUGAAGUAUCUCCGGAUGGCCGCCGUGUGAGUGACCGUGGACGAGCUUUCACCAAAACUCAGGAGGACCAAUGUCAUGUCAACAACACGCAUUUUUAA